AUGCCUCACAUGUGGUGCAAGCGCAACACCGGAGUUGACUGGAUGCAAGUCUGGGUGAGCCCAGUGCAAGCGCUGCCCGUUGAAAUCGAUUGCUUGGUUGCUCGCCUCAGCUUGACCUACGACGCAGUCCGGGAAACCUACUCGAACUUGCCGGGGAUCAAGCUACGAGUGCUUGGCUGGGGAAAUGGCACAGAGCCGGGCAGAUCCCACAAGGACAUCCUAUACAGCUACCAGUUUGACAAGAUGCUGCAGCAUCUGCAUGGGGAGCUGGGGUACGAACUUGGGACGGAUGUGUUCCUGGCUCCUUACGACUGGCGAUUGGCGGGCGACGCGCAUGCGAACCCGGCCAAUGGUGUAGGGGGAUACUACCAGCAGCUACAGGAGCUCAUCGAGAAUGCCGUCCAGGCAAGUGGUGAACGAGCAGUUGUUCUUUCACAUUCGCUAGGAUGUCCUACUAUGCUGUACUUCUUCCACAAGUACGUCAGUGAGGCUUGGCGGGCCAAACACAUUCAUGGUUGGGUGGCGCUGUCCGGCCCCUGGAUGGGUGGAAUCGUUCAAGUCAGCGCGUACCUUGGUGGUUGGAACUUGGGCUUGCCCAGCUGGUUGGUCCCGCAUGACUACGUGAAGCGGGUCCAGGUCAAUGCUAGCAGCGGCGUGUGGAUCGCACCACACCCCAAAGCCUACGGCGACAGAACCUUGGUCGUCACCCCCUCGCGCAACUACACUGCCAGUGAUCUUCCCGAGAUGCUGCGCCACAUCGGCCCUCAAUCUGGAGGGAAUCAAACUGCAUCGCUUUUCCCCAAGUUGCAGGGCCCCUGGGUGGAGGUACAGCAUCCGCCCAAGAAUGUGCCGAUGCAGAACUGGUAUUCCACUGGCGUCAAAACCGCAGACAGCUUCGUCUUCGACACAGACCUUACCGUGGGUUUUGACAAAGCCCCCACGAAAACAGUGUAUGGAGAUGGGGACGGCUUGGUCAACUUGCUCUCCUUAAAGCAAGUGGAAGAUGUUUGGCCACAGUCGCCGUCGGUCGAAACCCAGAUCUUCCCGAAUUGCUCGCAUUUCGGCAUCCUGUCUGACAAACGCGUCCUGGCAGCGCUCGUUGGCUACUUGAAUUCCAGCGAUGGCCUGCAGGAUGCCCUGACUGUCCGCGAGCUGCGGCGUCGGGCGGCGGGGGCGCCUCUCCGAUUGCGAGCACUGGUGAUGCAUCACAUGGACGUCGACGAGCCUGCAAGUGUGCACCGUGGUAGCACAGCCUUCCGGCGGGCCCAGGCUAUGGAGUCCUGGCCCAUGGAGCAUCGGAAGGAUCGCUUUCGGGUGAUCGAGGCGGUGCGUCAGGAGCCGCAGGCGCUGAGGUAUUGCCUCCCUGAGUUUCAAGACGACGACGAGGUGGUCCGAGGGGCCGUGCAGGGCGCCGCCUUGGCGUUGAAGUUCGCCUCUCCGCGGCUUCGUAACGACCGGGCCUUGGUGACGGAGGCGAUUGACCUUGACACCAGCUCCCUGCAGUUUGCCUCCGAAGCGCUUCGUGAGGAUGUGGAGCUGAUGCGUGAGGCACUGAACACCUCACACCUGCCUUGCUUGAUGCUGGGUCGUGAUGCUUGA